UCAGUGACUGUGUCAAUGGCUGCAGAUGCGUCAGAAAGGAAGGCUCUGAGAUACAAGCAAACCCUGCUCUAUGGGGAGUACCAGGAGAACCAAGGGGGCUCCGGCAGGCGGGAGGCCACGCGCCUGCUGACGGAGCGGCAGAUCAAGAAACACGGCGACCAUCACCGCGGCCACGGGAAGACGCGGCACGGACUGGGCCGCCGUGGGCAAAAUGGAUACCAGAGUCGCUAUCAGAGCAGACAGAGGAACCGGCGUCAGUCCAACAUGGAGGCUGAGGCCGCCGAUGAGCAAACAGCCGACCUGGACCCAACGUCGUCCACGAAGAAGAGGCGCUCGUACUCCAAGUGUCGAGACUGCAUAGCACGUGUGCAGAGGUUCCUUGUGACCCGGUUGGGAGAAGACUGGAUCUUCCUGGUUCUGUUGGGCAUCACCAUGGCGCUGGUCAGCUGGACGAUGGACUACGCCAGUGCAAAGAGCCUGGAAGCCUAUAAAUGGAUCCAUGUGGAGCUGAGGGGGAACAUCCCACUACAGUUCCUGGCCUGGGUUUCAUAUCCCCUGCUGUUCAUCCUGUUCUCCUGCCUCUUCUGUCACCUGGUUUCUCCUCAAGCGAUCGGCUCUGGAAUCCCAGAGCUGAAGACCAUCCUGAGAGGUGUCGUGCUGAAGGAAUAUCUGACUCUCAAGGCUUUGGUUGCUAAAGUCAUCGGCCUGACAGCGGCGCUGGGCAGCGGCAUGCCUGUGGGCAAAGAGGGCCCGUUCGUUCACAUCGCCAGUAUCUGUGCUGCAGUUCUCAGCAGGUUCAUGUCCUUCUUCUCAGGAGCUUAUCAGAAUCCAUACUGUUAUACAGACAUCCUAACAGUGGGCUGCGCUGUCGGAGUGGGCUGCUGUUUCGGUACUCCCCUUGGAGGGGUGCUGUUCAGUAUCGAGGUGACGUCCACGUACUUUGCUGUGAGAAACUACUGGAGAGGAUACUUCGCAGCUACGUUCAGUGCCUUCAUAUUCAGAGUCUUAUCCGUGUUCAACAAAGACGCAGUGACCAUCACUGCUCUGUUCAGGACAAACUUUCGCAUGGACUUCCCCUUCGACCUGCAGGAGCUGCCGGCGUUCGCCAUCAUCGGGAUUUGCUGCGGCUUCCUGGGGGCGUUCUUCGUUUAUCUCAACAGACGCGUGGUGGUGUUCAUGAGACGAACCAACGCCAUGACCCGCUUCCUGACCAAACAUCGCCUUGUGUUUCCUGCUGUGGUGACGCUGGUCAUUGCCACCUUGACCUUCCCGCCCGGGUUCGGACAGUUCAUGGCCGGAGAGCUGAUGCCCAGGGAGUGCAUCAACUCUUUGUUUGACAACUUCACGUGGACGAAGAUUUCGGGAUCUACUCUUCCGCUGGGUCUGGGCAGCUCGGCCGCCUGGAUCCACCCGGACGUCAGCGUCUUCGUCGUACUGCUGCUCUUCCUCUUCAUGAAGUUCUGGAUGUCUGCUGUGGCCACCACCAUGCCCAUUCCAUCUGGAGCCUUCAUGCCAGUCUUCAUACUGGGAGCAGCGUUCGGCCGGCUGGUGGGGGAGAUCAUGGCGACUCUGUUUCCUCAGGGGAUCGUGUUCGAUGGCAUCCUGUACCGCAUCAUCCCUGGAGGGUACGCAGUCAUUGGAGCGGCGGCGUUGACCGGUGCGGUGACUCACACGGUGUCCACGGCAGUUAUAUGCUUCGAGCUGACGGGCCAGAUCUCCCACAUCCUGCCCAUGAUGGUGGCAGUAAUCCUGGCCAACAUGGUGGCUCAGGGCCUGCAGCCCUCCCUGUACGACUCCAUCAUCCAGGUCAAGAAGCUGCCGUACCUGCCGGAGCUCGGCUUUGGACACAUGAGCCAGUACAACAUCUUUGUUGAGGACAUCAUGGUGAGAAAGGUGAACUUCAUAUCGUCUCAGUCCACCUACAGAGAAGUCAAACUGCUGCUGGACUCCUCCUCGCUCAAGUCAAUCCCACUGGUCGACUCGAAAGAGUCUAUGAUCCUGCUGGGCAGCAUCGACAGGCUGGAGCUGCUGGCUCUCUGUGAUUGGUGGUUGUCACCGGACAGGAGGCUCCUCAUGCAGGAGGAGCAGAACCAGUCUCAGAAACACAGCUGGGAGUCCUUCGCCUUCGUGGACGAGGACGAAGAGGAGGAGGAAGGAGAGAAGGGCAGUCCGGUACAGGAGGAGAGGAACGGCCCGCUGCCUCCUCCCAAAGCCCAGGAAUCGUCCUCUAACCACACUACUCCGAGUCCUGAGAAAGGUCCUCUGCAGUCCGUGAGGAAAACCCUGACGAGCCUCUUCACCUCCACGAGCAGACAGACCGAGGGGCAGCUGCAGGAGCCCUGUCCUCCUCCCCUGUCGGACACAAUGACUCCAGAAGAGAUCAAAGAGUGGGAAGAGGGCGAGAUGGACAAGCCGAUGGAAAUCGACGAGAUACGAGUGGACCCCUCCCCGUUCCAGCUGGUGGAGAGGACGUCGUUACACAAGACUCACACCUUGUUCUCACUGCUGGGGCUCAGUCAUGCUUACGUGACCAGUAUCGGCAAACUGGUGGGAGUGGUGGCGCUGAAAGAGCUCCAGAAGGCCAUCGAGGGCUCCACGCGCUCCGGCGUCCGCCUCCGUCCUCCUCUGGCCAGCUUUCGCGACAUCAGCAAACACAAAUCUGUCUCUAAACCUCCCUCCUCCUCUCCCGCUGCUCCUUCCUCCACGACGUCCACCUCCCCUCCCUCGGCUCCCACUGUCCCCCUGCCUCCGUCCUCCUCCUCCACGCCUCUGCCCCACCACGAGAGUGAGACGGAGGUGUGGAUCGAGGGCGUGACGGGGGAGGCGGAGGAAACCAGCAGUGCGGGGAGCGGGGGGGUUUUCUGCACAGCCAGUCGGAGUUGCAGCUUCGACAGCAACCUCAGCCUCCCCCCCUCCUUCACUCCUCCCCCGGUGCCCUUCUCCCCCACUCCACCUCCUUCUCCCUCCUCCAUCCCUCUCUCCACCCGGAGGCCCCGUCAGGGACGCCUCGACGGGGCUGAAGACAGCGACGACGAGCCGAUGGUUUAGAUUAGACGAGCUUGACUUUUUUUUAUAAUGAAUCUUUUUUUUAAUGGUUUGAGUUUUUCCUUCUGUUCUUAAUUUGUUGCUCUGGUCGUUGGACUCUCACAUUUACCUCUUUUUACGGCACUGAUCCUGAUUCUCAUCUCACAGAACGUCUCCUUGUUCCUCCUCUGCCUCGUCCCCUCUGUCUCCAAUCAGCUCUGUGUCUGUACCAUGUUCGAUUCCGUCCUUCCUCCUGCUUUUCUCUCUCUCGUUGUUUCCCCCACCUUCGCUCUGAAGGGUUAAACUUCCCACCGAAGUUUUCCUCUGUUCUUAAUCUUUAUUUUACAAAAACUAACUGUUUCCCUCAGGAUUAUUUACUUGUCAGGGAGUCAAGAUAACAGAAUAAAAUAAUGUAACUCCCCACUACAACUCAUUAUGUCAUUGUUAGCGUCCUGCUCUGUAUCUUACACACGGACUUGAACCACCGACGUCCUGCUUUACCUCCUGAGUCAUGAUGUUAACAUUUCAACUUGUGAAGAGCUGAUUUAAAUCAACACUUUGAGACUUUAUCUACCUUGAAGCAGCAGCUUGAUGAAAGUGAGUCUGAUGUUUCUGUCACUGUGAACGAGGAGAAAGUUUCCUCUUCCCACUCUGAGAUCAGUUAAAAACACUCUGAAGUUAUUAAAAACCAGAGUUUAUCUCCAAUAUUCAGCAGGAAACUGUUUUGAAUUCUGAACAGAGUUUGGUGGAUUUGUUACAGCAGCAGCUCUUCAGGGUCAGGAAGCAGAGGAUUAUGGGUAAUAACCACCGUUCAGUUGUGUUCUCAUGGGUUAUUGUCUGGUGAUGAAUUAGCCUCCGGGGCAAUGGGCAGUAUUUCCGGGUGUUGUAUGAGUAAAUAUCCGUGAGUUGUGUAUUACCUCAACGUUUGUGUAUCUUUUAAAAAAAGGGUUUUGUGUCGGAUGAGACUGGAGGCUGUGGAUUUUUCUCUUUUUUUAAAACUGGCGACCGACCAUCUGGACAGCGGGAGACUAAUGGAGCUGCUCAGUCCACUGUGGACGAUUGUCCAAAGCCCCAGAACGACCUCCACACUGCGAGGCGACCUUGUGGAUGCCGCCGCAGAGCUCAUCUCAUCACGGUUAAGUUGAUCGACGGAGGAGCUGAAGGCGGCUGACGACAGACAGAACCCCCGUUUACCAAACACGGCUUCCUCCCGGAUUCAGCACCGAUCACUACUUUACAUCAUUUAGACUAACGAAGAUGUUGUUUAACAGAACUGCAAAACCCUUCCCCUUCCCUUCCUCCCUUCCUCCCUUCCUCCCUCCUUCCUCCCUUCCUCCCUUCCCCUUCAUCGCUCUCAUCUGCUCGUCAUCCUCUGGACUCAGUUUCUCAGGUGCUGUUUUUAAAAGUCUUUAAACCUGCAGAUUUAUCGAGAAGCUUUUCUUCACGUCCGUGUGAAUUUACACGCGUCUGUUUCUUAAGGGGUUGUUUUCGUCCGUCUGUCUGUGGUUGGUGGUUAAUGUAUUUAUUUAUUUCACUUUUAGGUGACUCAACUGUUAUCUCUAAACUUUUUAAAACUGUGAACAAUGUAGGUAAAUAAAGUUUUAUUAAGUGAAAUGUGUAAA